GUCAACUUGGCCGCGGUUGAGGCAGGAAGACUAGCCAGAGGGUAAUUACACAGGUGAGGCCCGGCGGGGCGGGCGGAGCUGUAGGCGAGGCGCUUGGGGUCUUGAAGAGUUUCCUGCGCCCAAGUCACCAGGUCGGAGCAUUUCUAUACCAGCCACUGCGGAGGUGCCACUGUUCCCAGCGGUGUUUCUCUUACAAAGGGCAUUUUGAAAACGGAGCAGUAGCCACAGAAUCGGCGGCGAGCCUGUUGAAAGAACCCACACGUGUAUUUCACAGCACCUUGGGUGGAAAUUGGCGUGAAAAUGAAGCCAGACCGAGAUAGUCUGGAUGAAUAUUUUGAAUAUGAUGCAGAGGAGUUCUUGGUCUCUCUGGCCUUGUUAAUAACAGAAGGACGAACACCUGAAUGUUCUGUUAAAGGUCGGACGGAAAGUUUCCAUUGCCCUCCAGCACAGUCCUGUUACCCAGUAACUAGCAAACAUGAAUGUAGUGAUAAGCUGGCCCAGUGUCGCCAAGCCCGACGAACUAGGUCUGAGGUCGCAUUAUUGUGGAAGAAUAACCUUCCAAUCAUGGUGGAAGUGAUGCUACUACCAGAUUGCUGCUACAGUGAUGACGGGCCCACCACAGAAGGGAUUGAUCUAAAUGAUCCUGCAAUUAAGCAAGAUGCGUUAUUAUUAGAAAGAUGGAUAUUGGAGCCAGUUCCUCGACAGAGUGGCGAUCGAUUUAUUGAAGAGAAGACUCUCCUAUUGGCUGUCCGCUCAUUUGUGUUUUUUUCUCAAUUAAGUGCUUGGCUGAGUGUUUCUCAUGGUGCUAUUCCACGAAAUAUUCUUUACAGAAUCAGUGCUGCUGAUGUAGACCUACAGUGGAAUUUUUCACAGACUCCAAUUGAACAUGUGUUUCCUGUUCCCAAUGUGUCUCACAAUGUGGCCUUGAAAGUCAGUGUUCAGUCCUUGCCCAGACAAUCUAAUUAUCCAGUUUUGACCUGUAGUAUUCACACUAAUAUUGGCCUUUAUGAGAAAAGAGUUCAAGACCAUGAACUUAAAACCCAUCAGCACCGAAAUUCUACUGAAGCAGAGCAAUGUGGUACAAACGGUUCACAGCGUCUGUGUAGCAAACAAACUUGGACCAUGGCACCCGAGAGCAUAAUAUUACAUGCAAAAAAUGGCACAACUCCAGAAUAUACUGCAGCUGUCAAAAAUGUCAAACUAUAUCCGGGCACUAGCGGUAAAUCUGACUAUGGAACAUCUCAAGGCAAUAUUCUGGGCUUCAGUGGUAUAGGAGAUAAAAAGUCACAUGAAACAUCAGUGAGAACUUUAAAAUCAUUUUCAGUGAUUGAUUCUAGUGAAUCUAGCCACCAGAGUUCCUGGCAAUCAGUUGGUGAGACUAAUCCUUUAAUAGGCUCUUUAAUUCAGGAGCGACAAGAAGUUAUUGCAAGAAUAGCUCAGCAUUUGAUUCAUUGUGAUCCAAGCACUUCACAUGUUUCUGGACAUCCACUUAAUACACAAGAAUCUAGUUCACUUAAUUCAAAACUUUUCCGGGUUUCACGAGAAAAUGAAAAUGUGAGAAAAUGUAAAGAAACAUUCUCCAUCUUUGGUAAUCCAGAGCUCACCUCCUCAGAAGACACCAAUGAAGGGAAAAUUCGAGUAAAACCAGAAACUCCUCGAAGUGAGACUUGCAUCUCUAAUGGUCUUCAUUCUCAUCAGUCUGUUGGUGAGAUUAAUCCUUUGAUAAGCUCUUUACUCCAGGAGCGGCAAGAUGUCAUUGCAAGGAUUGCUCAGCACUUGGAGCAUAUUGAUCCAACAGCACCUCACAUGCCCCGGCAAUCAUUCAACAUGCAGGACUCCAGUUCAGUUCCUUCUAAACUGUUUAGGAGUUCCUAUGAAGACAGAAAUUUGUUGAAGAAAAACAAGGAUGACACCUCUGUUUCCAUUUCUGAUACAAAAUUUUCCUUGUUAGAUAACAUCAGUGAAGGGAAAAACUUAACACCUAAUAAAUAUUUUAGUUCUUUUAAAUGCAAUAGUAAUGUCAAGCCUUCUUUGAAACCUCAAACAAGAAGAAAUCUGCAUCAGAACAAUCCUAGUGAAAUCCAAAGUACAUUUCAAGAGACACAGAACAAAGCCACUGGUUUAAUGAAUCCUUCAAAUAUGUCUCAUUGCAAAGAAGAUAACUUAGAUUUCACAAUCAGAUUGGAAAACACACUUUCUGAGUGUCAAUUUAAGGAACAAGAAAUUGACAAUGAAAUCAAUAAACAGUAUUCAAAAUGUAACAGUAUUGACAAACAGAUUUGCACAAAUAAGUAUAAGGACAAAAUAAUAAUAAAUGAAAAUUAUAAUCCAGAAUCUUUUAACAAUCACCAGUUUGAUCAUUCAAAAAAGAAUGACUCGAAAAUAAAUGUUACUGUGUUGGAAAUGUCUGGAUAUUUGAACAAACAUGCAAAUGAGUGCUCAGAUAAAGACUCAAAAAAGCCUAAGUCAUGCGAACAAAAUACUCAACUUAAUAGUAUAGAAAAUUAUCUCAAUAAAGAUAGUGAAGUUUUCAAAUGCAAAAAGCCAAACCACUUAAAAAAUGAACAGGAUAAGAAAGAAGAUCCAGUUGAUGAAAAAUCUCAAAACUGUUCUCAGAGGAAGAAUAUAAAAGACUGUUUGUUUACGUGUGAGCGACUGAAAAAUAAAGAGGUAUUGAGAACUAUACCACUUAAACAGUCAAGUGUCUGGCAGAAACAUAAUUUUCAUUCCUUGGAUGGAACCUCAACCAGAGCCUUUCAUCCUCGAACUGGAUUGCCUCUUCUUUCCAGUCCUGUUCCUCAAAGAAAGGCACAAUCAGGUUGCUUUAAUCUGGAUUCUUCAUUACUGCAUCUGAAAAGCUUAUCAUCUAGAAGUCCUCGACCAUGUUUAAACAUUGAAGAUGAUCCAGAUAUUCAUGAAAAACCAUUUCUGAGUUCUAGUGCUCCACCUAUAACAAGUCUUAGUCUCUUAGGAAAUUUUGAGGAGUCUGUCUUGAACUAUCGUUUAGAUCCUCUCGGCAUUGUUGAUGGCUUUACUGCCGAGGUAGGGGCGAGUGGUGUUUUCUGCCCCACUCAUUUGACUCUUCCAGUUGAAGUGUCAUUCUACAGUGUUUCUGAUGAUAACGCUCCCUCUCCUUAUAUGGGUGUGAUUACUUUAGAGUCCCUUGGUAAAAGGGGUUAUCGAGUACCUCCUUCAGGAACAAUACAAGUGACCUUAUUUAAUCCUAAUAAGACUGUGGUGAAGAUGUUUGUUGUGAUAUAUGACUUACGAGAUAUGCCAGCCAAUCAUCAGACAUUCCUACGACAAAGAACUUUUUCUGUACCUGUUAAACAAGAAAUGAAGAGAAGUGUUAAUAAAGAGAACAUCCGACAUACAGAAGAACGGUUAUUACGCUACCUCAUACAUCUGAGGUUCCAGAGUUCUAAAUCUGGAAAGAUCUACCUCCAUAGAGAUGUACGGCUCCUGUUCUCUAGAAAGUCGAUGGAAGUUGAUAGCGGUGCUGCAUAUGAACUCAAAUCUUACACUGAAUCGCCAACAAACCCUCAGUUUUCACCAAGAUGUUGAUAAAGAGUGACAAUUUAAAGUAUUUGCUCAGUACCCAAGUUUGAAAGUAAAAAAUAGCGUAGAAGGGAGUGUACCAAAUUAACAAGCAGGAGAGUGGAUCCUCUCCUGUAAUCCUGGACCAGUUUUUAUGAAAGGAUUCCUGGGAUGAGAUCCACAUAUUCCAAGGAGACUGGAAACACUCAUGUCCUAACCCUUUUUGUACUGUCGAAACCACUUCACUGGACUUGUUGCAAGAGCAAACCACCCCCCCCCCCAGCCCCCGCCACAGUUAGAUUAGUGUUUACACGUUUCAUUUCUCAGUUAUUUAAUAUUUAAUGUUCUCCUUACUACUCAAGUGAUGUUUGUCUUUAGUGUUCUAAUGUAGCACAAAUCCUAUGUAAAAUCAUACUAUGUAUUUUUGACAUUAAUGUUGAAAUCCGAAAUAUAUGCACAAGUCUUUUAAUUUUG